AUGAGCACUCAGUCACAACAACAACAACCACCACAACAACAACAUAACAAAAGAGAAUUCAAAGAAGAAGAAAACCGGUUGCUACCAUCAGAAUGCGAGACAAUACCAUUGUCCUCAGCCUCUUCAUCACCCUCAAAGUGGGAACUUGGAAACCAAGAAGAAGAAGAAGAAAAUACGGUGUAUGCAGCCAAGGACAAGGUGCAGAUAUUUGACUUAGAGUCCACAGGCGCGGCGGGAUCCACGGCGGUGCCACCGUUUUCAUGGAAGAAGCUGUGGUUGUUCACAGGGCCAGGGUUGUUGAUGAGUGUGGCUUUUUUGGACCCAGGAAACCUUGAAGGUGAUCUUCAAGCUGGUGCAAUUGCUGGGUAUUCUUUGCUUUGGUUGUUGAUGUGGUCAACGAUAAUGGGUUUGGUGAUUCAACUUCUGUCCGCAAGGCUUGGGGUGGCCACAGGGCGCCACCUGGCAGAGCUGUGUAGGGAGGAGUAUUCCAAUUGGGCCAGGUUGACUCUUUGGUUCUUGGCUGAGUUGGCUCUCAUUGCUGCUGAUAUUCAAGAAGUUAUUGGUAGUGCUAUUGCUUUUAAGAUUCUUAGCCAUGGGCUUCUCCCCAUUUGGGCAGGUGUGGUUAUCACUGCCAUGGAUUGUUUCUUCUUUCUAUUUCUUGAGAAUUAUGGAGUGAGGAAGUUAGAAGGAGUUUUCGCAGUUUUCAUUGGAACUAUGGCCUUUUCCUUUGCGUGGAUGUUCUUUGACACAAAGCCCAGUAAAGAAGAAUUAAUGAUGGGUCUUUUGAUCCCAAGAGUUAGUUCAAAAACACUUCGGCAGGCAGUGGAAAUUGUGGGUUGUGUUAUAACGCCACAUAAUGUGUUCCUCCAUUCUGCAUUGGUGCAAUCAAGGGACAUUGAUAUCCGUAACAAAGGGCAGGUUCAAGAGGCUCUCAACUACUACUCAAUUGAGUCCUCAGUUGCACUUUUAAUCACCUUGGUGAUCAAUCUAUCUGUGAUAACUGUUUUUGCUAGGGUGUUCUAUGGAACAGAACAAGCCAACGGCAUAGGAUUGGUAAAUGCAGGACAAUAUCUUGAGGAGAGGUAUGGGGGAGGGUUGUUUCCAAUUCUUUAUAUAUGGGGUAUCGGUUUGUUAGCAGCUGGACAAAGUAGCACUAUCACUGGCACAUAUGCUGGACAGUUUAUCACUGAGGGUUUUCUUAAACUCAAUAUAAAGAAGUGGUUGAGAGCAUUGAUCACUAGAAGUUGUGCAAUUGUUCCAACUAUGGUUGUUGCAAUUGUCUUUAAUACAUCAGAAGGUUCAUUGGAUACCUUGAAUGAAUGGCUUAAUGUGCUCCAAGCUAUACAGAUUCCCUUUGCACUUAUCCCCCUUCUUACUUUGGUGUCCAAAGAGGAGGUCAUGGGGACCUUUAGAAUAGGGCCUAUAGUUCAGAGAGUGGCUUGGACUGUGGCUGUGCUGGUAAUAAUGGUUUAUGGAUAUAUGUUGUUAGAUUUCUUCCUAGAGGAAGUGCAUGGACUAUUGUUUGGUUUUCUAGUCUUCCUUGGCGCUUCAGCAUGGAUUUCAUUUAUUAUAUAUCUACUUCAGCAUAGUGGUGCAAUUCCUUUCUUGAUGAGGUCCCCUAAUUCUAGAGGAUUUUUUUCUCUUGCUGGGAACUAA